AUGGCACGAUCCAAAAAUUGCGGCCUAGUGGCCGUAGUGUCCCUCCUUCUCUUGGGAAUCUCCCUACCGAGUGUUUCAUCUUCUCCUCUAGAGUUCUCUCCAUGGAGCUCCGAUCAUUCUGCCAAUGUGGAUGGGCAUAUCGCACCAGGAAAGCUGGGCGCUGUGGCAACAGAGAACGCAAUCUGCUCUAGUCAUGGCAUUGAGAUGUUUAAAUUGGGCGGCAAUGCUGCUGAUGCACUGAUCGCCGCACAAUUCUGUAUUGGAGUUACCUCCAUGUAUCACAGUGGUAUCGGUGGUGGUGGUUUCAUGCUUGUUCGGGCGCCCAACAACUCCUAUGAAUUCAUCGACUUCCGUGAAACGGCACCGGCUGCCGCCUUCCAAGACAUGUACAACAACAAUACUGACGCAUCUGUAUACGGUGGGCUUGCAAGUGGUGUCCCUGGAGAGAUCCGUGGCUUGGAACAUCUUCAUAAGAAAUAUGGCUCGCUGCCUUGGGCGACUCUAUUGCAGCCAGCGAUACAGACAGCACGCAAAGGUUUCCCCGUCUCGUCAGAUCUGGUCAAAUACAUGAAGGUUGCCGUUGGCAGUGGUGAGGAUUUCUUGACGAAGGACCCGAACUGGGCUUUGGAUUUUGCUCCCAAUGGAACACGGCUUGGCCUGGGAGACACUAUCACACGGAAGCGCUACGCCGAUACGUUAGAAACCAUUGCCCAGAAAGGACCGGACGCCUUCUACACAGGCGCGAUAGCUGAAACGAUGAUUGAUGCGAUUCAAGCGGCAAACGGCACCAUGACUGUUGAAGAUCUUCAAAAUUACACCGUCGCAGUCCGCAAUACCUCUCAGAUUGACUAUCGGGGCUACACCAUCACAAGUACGACUGCGCCCUCCAGUGGAAUUGUUGCUCUGAGUAUAUUGAAGAUCCUGAGCACCUACAAGGAUUUCUUUGACUGCGAUGAAUCAGUGAAUCUGAGCACACAUCGCAUGGAUGAAGCAAUGCGGUUUGCUUAUGGCGAGCGUACUUUACUCGGUGACCCGCUGUUUGUGGCGGGUAUGAACGACUACCAGCAUGCCAUGCUGGAACGCUCGACUAUCGAGGAGAUUCGGUCGAAGAUCUCUGACAAAACCACCUUGAAUGUAUCUGCAUAUGACCCAGCGGGUCUUGAAAGCCUGGACACUCCUGGCACAUCUCACCUCGCAACCGCUGAUCACAAUGGUCUUGCCAUUUCUGUCAUUACGACCAUCAAUACGUACUUUGGAAGCCAUGUACUCGUUCCCGAGACUGGAAUCAUCAUGAAUAAUGAAAUGAACGAUUUUUCGAUCCCCGGCUCCUCAAACCAGUUUGGCUACAUUCCCUCCGAGGCAAAUUUCAUCCGACCUGGGAAACGUCCCUUGUCAUCAAUUACCCCUGCAAUUGUCACCCACCCGGAUGGAAAGCUUUUUUUGGUCGCAGGCUCUGCGGGAGGAAGUCGUAUUAUCACAGCCACUGUUCAAAACAUCAUUCACUCUAUCGACCAGAAGCUGAGCGCCGCGGAGGCUCUCGCUAAGCCUCGUCUUCAUGAUCAGCUCAUUCCUAAUCAGGUCAGCUUCGAGUAUUCCUACGAUAACUCGACGGUCGAAUUCAUGAAAUCUCUCGGUCAUAAUGUGACAUGGGUUGCCCCUGGACAGAGUACAGCUCAGUUGAUCCAUGUGCUUCCCAACGGGACGUUUGAUGCCGCUGGCGAGCCUCGACAACUAGCGUCGGCAGGCUACUCCAUUUAA